GACGAGGAGUCACCUGGACGGCGACGUGGAGUCGUUACGCGCGGAGAACGUUGCGCGUUUUGGUUUCACCAUUGAGUGCGGGAGCGAGCGGAGAUGUACGGGACAAACCAUCCAACAAAUGAAGGUGGCGGGAGCGUCAACCAGCUGGGAGGGAUGUUUCUCAACGGCAGACCUCUCCCAGAACCCAAGAGGAGGAAAAUGAUUGAACUGGCCACCGAGGGAGUCCGACCGAACCAGAUCUCCAGGAUACUUCGGGUGUCCAGCGGGUGCGUCAGUAAGAUCCUGAGUCGCUACCGCCGGACUGGACUCCUGGUGCCCAAAACCAUCGGGGGCAGCAGACCUCGGCUCCUCACCCCCGGGGUCAUCUCCACCAUCAUCCAGUGCAAAAGGGAGCAUCCAACGAUCUUUGCUUGGGAAAUUCGUAAACGUCUGGCGGCAGCACGGAUGUGUAAACCCUCCAAAGUUCCGAGCGUGUCCUCCAUAAAUCGGAUUCUCAGAAGGAUUCACUUGGACCACGGGCCGAUGUGCAUGGAGAUCAAUGCGCACAUGAGAACAGAGCAGUAUUUUGAGUCUCUGAUUCAAGAAGAAGUGAGAGAGAGAAAGAUGUCCGAGACAGCACGUGAUAACGACCACCGCCCCAAAGACCCCCGGCACCGAAACCGCACCACCUUCACCCAGGAGCAGAGCACAGCGCUGGAGCAAGAAUUCUCCCAGAGCCAAUAUGCAGACAUGUACACGAGGGAGAAGCUGUCCGCUGAGAUCAGUCUGCCCGAGGACACCAUCAAGGUCUGGUUUUCAAACAGACGGGCUAAAUUGAGGAGGGAAGCCAAACACAGGAGUGGCACACAGGGUACGAGCCAUUCCGCCGAUAAGACAUCCAUCUCAGUCCAACCCUCAUUCCUCCACCCGCCUCGCAGCACGACGGCCCAGACCACGACAGACAAGACCCCGGUGGGUCACCGCGGAGGUGGAUUCACCCUCCCUUUGGUUCACCGACAGGCGGACGCAAGGGCCUCCGUCCCCGUGGCCCCCGAGCCACCGAGAACAGAGCGCCGUUGGACGCAGUCCUGGAACCCCCAGGGGGUUCCGUUCACCUGGGGCCAGACUCGCAACGACGAGAGGUUCGUGUUUGCGCAGCAGCCGUGGGACGGGAGGCCACGUCACCUGUGCCGCCUGGACUAAAAGUGUCAAACAGCUACGAAGCUCAAGUCUCUGGGAACCCGGGGUGUAGCUGGUUCUAACCAGCAGGGGGCGACAGAGGACUGGAGUUCCACUCCUGUCACUAAUACCCCCCCCACUCAUACCCCCCCACUCACUGAUAAAUUCACUUCAUUACUGCUACUUCAAAUGAUACGGCCUAACGUCAGACAACCCAGAUGGAUUUUAUUUGACUAAACUCUUAAGACAUUUAGUGCUGAAUAAAGAUGGAUGCAAAACA